UUUUAUGUUAAUAUGAAUGUUGAUUCAACGUCUUUACCUUCGGAGUUGUUGGUGGCACCACAGCCUCUAAUUGGAUUGUGUGGUCUCGAUAUCAAUCGCAAUGCCGUACACAAAACCAUAUGGGAUGCCUUUAGUAGUAAUCGCAAAGCCGAAAGGGCUUCGGUGCAAUUUAAAUUGUUGCCAAAUAAUUAUGAAUUUCCUGUGGCCAAACCAAAACGUAACUCCUAUGAAUGGUAUCAUCCAAAGGGUAUACUAAAACGCAACUGGAUGCUUAAACAUUUACAUGUGCUUCCAUCUGUGGUGGUUUUGUUUCAAGACAUAGAAUGGAACGACAGCCAAUGGACCGAGAAACAACUGCAAUGUGUUGCUGCCCUACAGACCCUGAAGAAUGCCUUACAGGAACGUAAUACUCGCAUAUGUUUGGUGCUUUUACAAAAAUCACCACCAUUACCACCUGGCGAGGAUAUGUUGGCGUCGGAAAGAGCGGCCAGCUUGACUGCUGCAUGUGGUAUUAACAGUAAAAUGUUAUUUAUUUUACCACAUUCCGAGCAUUUAAUGGGUUAUGUCUUACGAUUAGAAUCUGCCUUUGUGGAUAUGGCUCAGUCAUACUACACACUUAUGUCGAAACGUAUACGAACACAUAGAGAUCAAUUGACAGCAGCUCAUACAACAUUAAAGAUACGUCAUCAAUUUAAAUUGGGUUUUGUUGCUGAAAUGCGUCAGGAUUUUAGCACAGCUUUAAAGCAUUAUACACAAUCGUAUACCACACUCGACGAAAUACGCAUCAAUGAUGGCAAUAAUUUGGAAAUAAAAACCAUUGCCGGUUUCUUAAAUUACAAAAUAUGUCGUUUAAUGUUUAAACUAAAAGUGCCACGUGAUUCAAUUAAUCAUUUCAUAAGUCACAUAGACAAAUAUAAAAAUCGUGUUGGUUAUAAGGAUUUAAUAUUUGAACAUUAUGCUUGGUUAAGUACCCAACAUUUUGUUUUUGCUGAGUUAUUUUGUGAAGCUAUUAAAAAUGGCCUGCCAGCAUUACAAACACAACAUCCGGGUAUUUAUUUUCAUAAGGCUGCCGAAUAUACGCAAAAACGAAAGGAAGCCUUUCUGCAAUGCACGGGCCCUUCAACCCCUACCGAGCCAACCAACAAUUUUAAUGGCCAAGGCAGCAGUAAUAUAACAUCAUUAUAUACCGAAUAUUUCGGUAUACGAUCGCUGAAAUCUGGUGAACCCAUAACAGAACAACAAAUCAAUUCGAUGAUUAAGGAAAAUGAAAAACUUUUUAAUCAUUCGAGUUCCAUUAUAAAUCUUCUCAGUUUGGCAAUGGCUCAAUUUAAAAUCUACAAAUGUUUGAGAUUUCGUAAAAAAUUAGCCAUUGAUAUGGCUGAUGAGUACUUUAAAAGUGGUGAUCAUGGCAAAGCUUUAACAUUGUAUUCGUUAAUGUUACCGGAUUAUCGGCAAGAUAGAUGGGGUUCUUUAUUUUCGGAUGUUCUACUUAAGACAAUGAAAUGUGCUCUGCUAUCAGCUUCUAUACGAGAUUUCAUUUCAUGUAGCUUGGAAGCCUUGUCAUUCAAAAUUAAAUAUACUCCCAAUGAAAGAGUAAUGGUUUUGGAAAAUCUAUGGAAAGUUUUACAGGGUGAACCACCAAUACCACAAAAUCAAAAUGCGCCAGAAGUACGAGCACGUUGGGAAGAUUCAUUGAAAACUGUUAAAAGUCCAUUACAAAUUGAUAUGGAUAAACUUACCGAUCUUAUGGAAAUUUGCACUACAUUUGAAAAGUUGGAAUUAAAAAAUGAUGAUGUCAUCAAAUUAAAUAUUAUACUAAGACUACAAACUGAUGUUCCAAUCAAAAUACGCAAUUUACAAGUGAUAAUAACCGAUGGUAGCAACAACUAUAAACUACAGCCAACACAUAUAUCCAAAUAUUCAGAUAUUUUAGCUUUACGAAAACUCAAUGACCCCGCCAACAAUAUCCAACAGCCGUAUGAACAAAAUCUAAAAUUGGAGCCAUCAUUCUAUCACAGUUUCUCAUUUACCACGGAGGCUCAACAAUUUUUGGAAAAUACUCAAUUACGUGUAGUGCGCAUAGAAAUACUUGUCGGCACAGAUAACUUGUCUAUGUUGCUGUAUAAAAGUGCACCCUAUAUGAAUAAUGCCUUUCGUUACCACAAUCGUAAUCGUGAUUUGGAUGACAACAUUAUAAUCAAUCCAAUUUGUUAUAUUACUCCCACAUUCCAUUUGGUCACGCAAUGCAAUCUGAACACUGAGACAACAAUGCUUGUGAAUGAAUACUAUAUGGCAACAAUAACAAUUAGCAAUCCCUACAAUGUUUUCGUAACUGGCAUAGCAUUGAGUAUUAGUGUACCGAACCAAUUGAAAAAUAAAGUAUUCCUUGCCACAGAUGUUGCCAAUAAUAAACAAAAAGUUCAUUCGGUCAUACAUAUGGACAUUGGAGAUUUAGCUAUGCAAAGUUCCAAUAAUGUGUCAUUCUACAUUCUGAGUCUGGUGGAGACAACGAUUACCUUGCAACAAAAGCUGUUCUAUACCACAGAUGUACUCAAACCCAAAGUGACAACAGCCAUAAUUGUAAAUGAUAUUACAACACCGAACAGUAGUGAGGUAACACCAGAAAAUACACCAGUAGCUGGUGUAAAAACCCUGCCAGCAUUGACUCCACAAUUACCCAUGUCUCUGUUAACGCCAGUCCAAUUGGAAUUUAUCGAUGAGAAUAGUGUGCGUAAAACGCAAGACUCAGUUCUGAGUAUAAAAUGUGAACCUGAAUUCAAAUUUCAAGGACGUUUUUACACACUAAAUCGUAUGCCUUUGACAAAAAUCUAUCGUGGUGAGAAUUUUCUAUUUCGUGCUGGACUUGAGGUUCAAAGUGAUGUCGAUUUGGAUAUCUUGGAAACCUAUUUUAUAUGUGAUCAUAACCUAGUGCAAUCAAGUUAUAGUUUUAAAAGGAAAAAAUUCACCAACACCUACAAGCGUGGUGAAAAACUCGAAGAUGUUAUAGUUUUGCGUACUAAUGACAAUUCAGAUGAAUGGUUAUCCAUUAGGGACUAUGAACGCAAUAAAACGCACGAAUGGCAAAAGUCUAACAUAUUUCAUCGGUUACGAAGUUCCAGAAAAAACAUGAAUCUAACCGACCCUACUGCUGCAAUUCCAAACAGUGCUGCCAACAAUGCGGCAUUGAACAAAAGUUUAAUGGGUAAAUUGGCCACCAAUAUGACAAUAAUCAAUAACACUGCCUCCUCAGCAAUGAUGUCUAGCCAGAAUUCAAAUAUGAGCUCAUCAACCAUAUCGGACGAUGGUAAAAUAACCGCAACAGCAACAACGACGGGAAAUCUAAACUCCAAUAAUGUGGAUGAAAAUGUUCAGGCGCUGGCGCCCAACAAACAAUCACAAAAUUCACGUUUAAUUUACAAUAAAGCCCUUGAUGCCAUUCAAGCGACUGGCCAUCUCAGGGGAUUCCUUAAGGGUUCAGUAUUAACCAGUUCACAGCAGCAACAACAACCGUCACAACAACAGCAAAUACUCUUCGGUUUCUAUUGUGUCAAAUGGCGACGCAGUGGCAGUAAAGAAGAAAACGAGUCUAAAUUUGUUAUAAUGGGUCUGCCAAUUAUAGAACCACCUCUAAAUGUCUACUGUUCCAUGGAGGAGAAAAUGUUCGUUAAAAUGCCAAUAACAUUUAAGGUGGUAUUGAAAAAUCCAACAUCGAAAGUUAUACAUCUGAUCGCAUCAUUAAGUAUAAAUCUAUCGGAUAAUUUUAUUUGUUCGGGUCAUAAACAGCUGGAUAUUUCAAUAUUUGCCUUUGGCGAAAAAGAACUUGUCUACAAUCUCUAUCCACUGCAAGUUGGCUGGCAAAAUUUACCUGAACUUACUUUAGUCUAUAAUACACAAGCCGAUCCAACAAAGGACGAAGCGCAAAAUAAUUUACUCAGUGAAUUAGUACAACGAUCUAUACUGAAGAAAGUAUUCGUUUUGCCACCAUUAAAACAACAAUUAAAUAAAUGAGAUGUUUUCC